AGCAGAGGAUGUGUCUGGGAGAGAGAGUGUGUGUGUGUGAGGGAAAAGAGGAAAGCCGUCAGUAGAAUGGAUAUGUGCCCUCUCUCCUCCACGCGUUCUCCUCCUCCUCCUCCUUUGUAUCAUCUCAUCUCUUCUCCUCCUCCUCCUCCUUUGUAUCAUCUCAUCUCUUCUCCUUCUUCCACUUGUCGGUCAGACGGGCGGCUGAAAACUGAACUUCAAUGUCUGCAGGGGAUCAGAAGAGUGGUGGGGACAAGCCAGAAGACACGGUGCCUGUGGCUAAGGUAUGGCCAGAGGUGGAGAGGGCCGAGUGUUUGGCCCGCGGCGCUGCUCUGAAGUGGGCUUCAGGUGUUUUCUGUCAACCUGAGCAUCUAGAACGACUGGGCCAGUACAAGAAGAGAGAGAGUCAGAGGACUGCCUCCAUACACACCAGACUCAAGUCCAUGGUCCAGUCGUACCUGGAGGGGGUAGGCUGGGGGCUGGAGCAACUCCGGGAGGCCAGGGCCGAGCUGAAGGAGGUGUCACAUGCUUUGAAGAAAGCCGGACUGGAGUCCAAUGGAAACACAGAGGGGGUGAAGUCUCUGGAGAGGCUGAGAGAAGUGUCUGUCAACCACCGUCAGCUCCUCGCUGCUGUCAGCAACCUGCCACGUCUUUACUCUGUGCGUAGCAUGGUGCUGGAGACUGAGCGUCUAGUGGAGUCCCGGCGGCUCCUGGAGGCCCACGCCCGGCUGAUGGAUCUGGAGCGCUGGCAGGACGACAUCCUCUGGCAGCUCCAUGGGGCUAAUGAGAUGGCAGGAAGUGCACUCAGUAAAGAGGACCAGGAGCUGGUGGCCAAAUAUUUCUCUGGUGUCGGGCAACUGGUGGACGCCCUGGGUAAGGAGCUGUGGGCGGUGGUGAGCAGUGCUCUGGCUCUGGCCCGACAAAACCCAACCCCAUUUGUAUCGGCGGUGAGGAUAGUGGAGCGGGAAGAGGCCCUGGACCAAGCUUUCCUGGAGGAGAGAGGGCGCAGCAGAGGCAACACCAGACCCCUGCCCCCAGGACGACCUCGCUGCUGGAGAGCAUGCUUCUUCCAGGUACUAGAGGAAGCAGUUUCAGCACGGUUCCGCAGUGUUUCCUACCUGCACACACGUGGUCCGGGUCUAGCAGGCCACCUCUCUGCUCUCCAACACGGUCUCAUGGCUGACCUGGCCACCGUACGCCACCUGCUGGAGCACUGCGUCCCCCCACACUACCGGCUAACAGGAGCGUACCUGAGGGCCAGCCACCGCUGUUUACAUGCUCACCUGGCACAGGUUAGCAGCUGGGACCUGGAGAGUGGGGAAAUCUUUGCUGUGCUCAACUGGGUGUUACGCAUCUACAACAGCCCAGACAUGAUGGGUCACCCAGAGCUGGUGGCCGAGAGGGAGAAAGUAGAACUGGGACCUCUCAUCUCCCCCGAGGGACUGGAGCAGCUGCAGAACAAAUAUGUCCAAAGUGUUCGGAAGAGUGUAUCUGAGUGGAUGCACAAAGCGUUACAGGUGGAGCUGCAAGACUGGCAGAGAGACCAGGAGCCAGAUACAGACCAUGAAGGGUUCUACCACACCAGCCUGCCCACUAUAAUCACACAGAUGCUGGAGGAGAAUGCCCAGGUGGCUCUGAUGAUCGGGGAGUCUCUACGAGACCAGACGAUACAGAUGGGUCUGUAUGAGAUGGAGAACCUCCUAAACAGGUUUCGAGAAGCCCUGGUGGAAUUUGGGAAGGACCAUCGCAGGAAUUCAAGCAACAACAAAAACAAAUACUACCUCCACUAUCUGCUGGCCUCCAUCAGCAACUGCAUCAUCCUCAAAACGUCCACAGAGAGCCUGCAGCAGCAGCAGUCGUCCCGGUCGGCGGGGCAGUUAUCUCGCACUCCUCCCAACCCUCUGACAGCUCUGGACCGGGCAGUGAGACGGGCGUGUCGCCUGGUGAUGGAUCACCUCCUGCUGGACCUUCAGCCUUUCCUCCCAGGCUUGCUGACCCGACCCUGGCUGGUCCAGGGAGACCCCACCCAAAAACUGUGCUGCGUGCUGGAGCAUCACCUGGAGCUGUACGGCCGCGUUCGACCGCCCUGCAGACAGCGUCUGCAGGAGGAGGCCCAGUGGCUGAUGGUGGUGGAGUACGUCCGCGCUCUGAUGCAGAAGAGGCUGGUGUGUCGCAGCGCCGAGGAGAGGAGGCAGCUCGCCCAGCAGAUGGUUCAGGACGACCAGCAGUUUAGAGAAAUCCUCCACGGCCUGGAAGGUGAAGGGUCAGUACCUGAAGUGAAUCCUUUGGCCUUACUACCCGUCCUUGCUGACUUCAUCCGACUGAAAGACCCCGGCAUGCUCACUCUGGAAGUUUCUGGACUCGCAGCCAAAUACCCUGACAUCAGUGAAGAACAUGUGUCUGUACUGCUGGACAUCCGUGGUGAUGUCUCCAGGGACAUCCGAGGGUCUGUUCUGGACUUGCUGGAGCAGAGCGCCCCCCCUCUGCCUGCAGGAUAUCGGCCCAUCUUCACUGACAUCCUGGUGCCUCCCUCCACCAUGGCCUUCUGUCUGCCCACUGCCAAGUGUGCAUGACAGGGACAGACACCGUGGCCCAAGCUCACCUUUUCCCAUUAAAUCCAGGGAGGAUCUGGUUCUCAGGCAGAUCUUUAGGCCAGGUCUGUACACUGAAAUAUGCAUAAUCUGCUCCUGUAGGGCUGGGUAGCAAAAAUGUUCAAUACCAAUACCUUGACUUAGAUACCGGUUACUGAACAAUACUUUUUUCAAUACAAAUUUCAUAAAACAAAAUGAAAUUACAACAUUACAGCACAAAUCGUUUUAUUUAUGUUCCAGCUCCGACUACGUGACGUAACGUCGAGUUUUUCCUGCAUGUCUCUACGAUGUGUAACGUUGGCCAGCCAAUCACAGACAUUAAUAGAGCUUGGUAGGAGCAUGCUGCGUGCUGAUUGGCUCACUGACUCUGAUGAGAAUUACUCCUUAGUUAUUGAAAUUGGGUAUUGAAUGACGAGGCAUGUUUCAUUACUCGAUACUUCAGAGGACAUUCGGUCAUGGAGGGCCAGCUUGUGUUCAAGUCUGCCACUCGUUAUUAUUUAGUUAUUUCUAAGGGAGCAUUACAUGAGUUUCUUGUUUUUUCCUUCUUACACACACCAUUCGAACUGGGAGCUGCUCAGUGCCAUCAUCAUCGCUGUCUUCUUUUGUUACCCACUGGAGUAGAUUGUGGGUUCAGUGCCUUGCUCAACGGCUCCUUAACAUGUGUUGAGUGAAGGGAGAGUGACACAUUCUCAUUUCCUACACCUACAAACUGCCCGGGGAUUUAAUCUGGUGACAUUCUUGUUCUGAUCUGACUUCAGCUAAAAUUUGUUUGUCUGGUACAUUUCUGAAGUUAUGAAUAACUAUAGCUAAAUUGGUUACAAGGAAAAACAAUAUAUUCUACUCCAACUUAAGAACACCUUAAAAUACACUCAGAAAUCCUAGAACACGACGUCAGAAAGCUGCACACUGCCCUCUCUGUGUGCCGGUGCACGAUGUCGUCAAACGGGUAAUGCUGCUUUAAAGGGUCAAUCUGUAAUUUUAUUUAUUGACAGUACUUUCUGCUGAGCAAAUGCUCUGAAUGCCAGCCGCAACAUUCCUUUCAACUUCACUAUAUUUGUGUGGCAGCAGACAUUUUAGAGGCAAAAA